GAUUCACUGGCUGGUGAAUCACCUCAGGGUGUAAUGACUGUGGGGCUGUCCCUUUAAAAACCAAGCAGGCUAGGCUAAUUGGGCAAACUCCUCCUCCAGGGAGGUUCCUUUAAAUGCGGGCCAGCUAGCUGACUGGGCCUCCGUUCUUACUCCGGAGCGGUACCUGCCGAGGAGGCUCCCCGCCAGGAUGCAGCCCACCUGCACGGCCGAGGAGUUUGUGGACAGCCACAUCAAGCCUGGGAGGAUGGUGCUGUUCAUGAAGCCCACCUGCCCCUUCUGCAGGCGGGCUGAGGAGCUCCUCUGCCAGUACCCCUUCAAAAGAGAGUCGUUGGUAAUUGUGGAUAUCACCGUCACCAGGAACACAGAGAGGAUUCAAGAUUAUUUCCAACAGCUCACAGGAGCCAGAACGGUACCUCGAAUCUUUAUCGGUAAAGAGUGUAUAGGUGGAUGCAGUGAACUACAAGAGAUGGAUAGAAGUGGGGAACUGAUGGUGCGGCUAAUAGAAAUGGGAGCUCUAACGCCGUAAUUACAGACCCAGGCUGAUGUCUCCCUUGAGAGCUGCAUGGCAUUGUGAAUGGUGGCAGCACUUCUGGUGGAUGGAUCUGGGGCGACCUUUACCCAGCAACUGAUUACUUAAUCUUCUGAAAUAUCUAAACCAAAAAAUGGGAGAGUUCUCAGCAAAAACAGGCUUUUCUUCUUUCAACUCUAUUGAAAGUGGACCCACUUGCCACAAACCACAGGUCUGAGAUGGUGGAUGGACAUCUCGGGUUUCUUCCGGAUUGGCCUGUGGGUUUCAAUAGACCGUGACAAGCUAUAGCUCAGGAUUCCCUCAUUGACCCAAAAAAGUUCUUUCUCUUUUGCACGUGGUUCUUACUAUCGUUCGUGUGCCAGGACUCCUACCUCUAAGCCAGUGUUUCCCAACCAGUUUAUCCCAGGCUCCCUAGGAUGAACUGAUAGUUAAUUUUAUGCUACUGCCCAAAAAUUAUUUUGUGGAGCUUGAAUUUAUAGUUUGUAUUUUGAAAUCGAUAGGUAUUUUAAAUGUGCUUUUCCAAACUCCAUGUGUCUCUCCCAUCCUAUCUUGAGAAUCACUGCUCUGAACUUGUGUUCUUAAACUUGACAACUCACAGACGUCAUAGGAAAUGCCCAACAAUUCUGGGAAGGGUCUGAGGGCCGAUGUGAGAAGUGCCACAUGAAACGCUAAGCACAGUGCGUCUUUCCUUGGUCUACAGAGCUCAGAGGUACACGUGCAGAUGCUGUGAUCAUGUGGCAACACUGUUUGGUGAGAUGAUCGCCCAAGUACUCCUGCACAAGUGUGUAUGAAUUUGUUUAGAUGAUGAACAAAAGUUAAAUUUAAAACAUUACCA